AUGUACCGAGCCAAGAUAUGUUCAGGUGCAGGCUUUCCUAUCUCCAUUUAUACUCUCAGCGAAGAUAUCGCUCGAUCAUUCCGGGAUGCCCUCGAGUGGCAAAAUAGUGAUGUGGAGAUCCGUCCCUCUGAAGACAUCCCGCCUGAAGAGAAAAAGGAAUUGAAAACAGGAUGGGCAGAGAUUGAUACUACGACUACCAAUGGGGAUAAAUCACCAGCGUAUCUCUGUAAAGGAGGCUUAUCAGAAGAACAACUGAAUAUGCUGAGAUCCAUCGCUCUACUUGAUAUUCAUGAUCCAUCGGAAACCCAUGCUUAUUUCCCUGCUGCGGAUAUGUAG